AGUCGAUGAUUGCUGCCGAACGGUUGGGUUCUCUACGCGACCUACGUGCCGUGAUUUCGUUCGCCUCAAAAUCCAGUUACAAGUGUGAAACCAAAUGUUCAAAUGCAAUGCAAUGCACUGAUCAAGUUUCGAUUGAAGAUGAUGAUGGUGUGUGUGAAAUACAUAUAGUGAAACUGUUGCAUAUCAGUUGCAUAUGAAAUUCUGAAUGAAUUUGCUGAAUAAAACUCUUCGCGCGCACCUCGCAUAAGCCGACAACAACAACAACAACAGCAACAGCAACAACAACAACAACAACCCAUACGCAUACGCACACACAACCACCCCCAACCCCCCGAUUUUUACAACCACCAGAGUCGAAUUUAACAUCGUUCUACUUUAUUUUUUUUUUGGACUCGUGACUCGGUUGCGAGUCUAUGCCUCUGUGUGUGUGCGUAUGUGUGUGUGUGUGCGCGCGCGUGUGUGUGUGAGUGCGUAACAUUGACUUGGAAGCAGGCAGGCAGGUUCGUCCAUCGCUGCUGCUGUCGGCUCUAACGGUGUGUUGUGAUUGCAGGCCAGGACGAGGCCGAAAAGCGGCGCAGAAGACGUAACGACGAAAAGCGAAAACGAAAACGCGAUGAAAAUUAAAGCUUUGCGUGGCAAAAAUCGCUAACCAAAAAAAUACAAAACAAAAAAAGAAAAGAAACGAAAUAAAAGAAAAAUAAGAAAUACAUAUAUAUUUAAUACACAUAUAUAUACAUAUAUACAUAUAUAUAUAUAUGUACACAUAUAUAUAACAACCCAAACAAGUGUAUGAAAAAUAAAGAAAAACGAGAAAUUGUAGUUGCGUAAAGGAAAACACACACACAAUUUUAGGCUAUUCGGACUAGUCGGGCGCAAAGGAAAAACGAUUAUCAUCUAAGGUCUAGAGUUCUAGAGUCGCAGCUAUAAAUAACGUCGCGCCCGCUAAUUUCGCCAAAACAUGAGAAUAUUCACAACAAUAAUACCAACAACAAAAACAGCAACAACAGCAACAGCAACAACAACAAGAGCAACAACGUCGGUGCGAAAAACUCGGCAAUUAAUCAAUUUUCCGCUUGACCAAUCCAUAAUAAAUUCAUGCGACUUGAAACCCCACAUGGAAAGUUUGCACUAUUAUCAUAAUUAAAAAAAAAGAAAAGAUAAAAGAAAAGAAGAGAAGAGAAAAAGGAACUUGGGCACAUAUCAGAGCAAACAUAUGAAUCGCCUAAUUGGCAUGGCCUAAACUAGUUGACAAACACUUGAACACAUAUCACACAGACACACACACACACACACACACAUACACACACAUAUCCACAAGAUGCAUAUCAGGCUGCUGUGUGUGCUGUUCCUGCUACCAGGAUCUCUGCUUGCCACGCGAUACAACUCGGGCAAGCAACAACUGUAUGCAAAUGCGGGCAGUACCAGCUCCAGCUCCAGCUCCAGUUCCAGUUCUAGCUCCAGUUCGAGUUCGAUCUACAAGCACUCGCAACAGAAUGAGGUAUACUCGGUGGCAGACAGCCAACCCAUGACAGACGAUGGCUAUGUGGCACCCUCGCCACCACCCUAUUAUCCGCCAAGCGAUCUGGACAAUCCCGUUCAACAGCUUAGCAGCUGCCAGACAGUGUGCGCCUGCAAAUGGAAGGGUGGCAAACAGACAGUGGAGUGCAUCGAUCGACUGCUCAUCCAGAUACCCGAGCAUAUUGAUCCCAGUACCCAAGUGCUCGACAUGUCCGGCAAUAAGUUACAAACGCUCGCCAACGAGCAGUUCGUGCGUGCGAAUCUCCUCAAUCUGCAGAAGCUCUAUUUGCGCAACUGCAAGAUCGGUGAAAUUGAGCGUGAAACCUUUAAGGGAUUGACGAACCUCGUCGAAUUGGAUCUGUCGCAUAAUCUGCUCGUGACCGUACCGAGUCUGGCCUUGAGCUAUAUUUCAUCGCUGCGCGAACUGACGCUCGCCUCGAAUCACAUCCACAAGAUCGAGGCGCAGGCCUUUGGAAGUACGCCAUCGUUGCAUAAAUUGGAUUUAUCCCAUUGCGAUAUCCAGACGAUAUCGGCCCAGGCGUUUAGUGGACUGCAGGGUCUCACCCUGCUCCGUCUGAAUGGCAACAAGCUGAGCGAACUGCUGCCCAAGACCAUCGAGACGUUGAGUCGCCUCCAUGGCAUUGAGUUGCACGAUAAUCCUUGGCUCUGCGAUUGUCGGAUGCGCGAGGCCAAGCUGUGGCUGAUGCAACGCAAUAUACCGUAUCCGGUGGCGCCGAUUUGUGCUGGUGGACCGGAACGCAUAAUCGAUCGCAGCUUUGCCGAGCUGCAUGUGGAUGACUUUGCCUGUCGGCCAGAAAUGUUGCCCAUUUCGCAUUACGUUGAGACGGCCAUGGGCGAGAAUGCAUCGAUUACGUGUCGCGCUCGUGCCGUGCCAGCUGCAAUAAUCCACUGGUACUGGAACGGGCGACAGCUGGCCAACAAUAGCGCCUUCAGCGCCUAUCAGCGGGUGCACAUGUUCGAGCAGCUCGAGGCCGGUUUCGAGAAGCGCUCGCGGCUGCUGCUGACCAAUGCCCAGGAGACGGACUCCAGUGAAUUCUAUUGCGUGGCGGAGAAUCGUGCGGGCAGCGCCGAGGCAAACUUUACACUCCAUGUUAGCAUGCGUGCUGCGGGCAUGGCCUCCCUGGGCAGUGGACAGAUUGUGGGUCUGAGUGCCGCACUCGUUGCGCUGAUUGUGUUUGCCCUGGCGGCCAUUAUGUGCCUGCUGUUGCGGGUGAAGCGACAGCCGUAUGUGGACAGCAAGACGCCCAAUCACAUGGAGGUCAUCACAUCGGUCAAUCAUCAGAAUUCCAUUACAAACAAAACCCAGCCGGCCACGGGUAACGGCAGCAUUGGUGGCGUCGUCAUAGCCAACGGCGCUGUGGCCAAUUGUAUUGAUGGUGGGCUCGCUGGCCCUGGUGGCACUCUCGAGCGCAAAACCAGCGGUGGCGGAGGCGGCGUUGGGGGCGGCGGUGUCUGCGGAGUAGGUGGUGGCAGACGGUCGAGUUGCUCGCCACACGAAAGAGAGCGCAGUGCGAAUCCGGUGCAGAAACCACCUCGACUCACAGAUCUGCCGUACUCGACGCAGGGCUACGACAAUGCUGGCAGCGUCUUGUCCACGGCAACGUGCUUUAUCUCACCGAGUGCUUCGACGGGUCAUGGCAACAAUCCGGAUCUGAUCAACGAUACGAAACGCUUUGGCAGCGAUGAGUUUGGCGAACUGAAACUGCCGGGAGCAGAGCUGACAGCCGGCAGUGGCGAGUACAGUCGAGCCAAUGGCUGUGAUUCACUCUACCCAUCUGGGCUGUGGGAGCACACGACGGCGGCGACUUCGGCGGAUGAUCUGUUUAUGAAACGCUACACGGACAAGACGCCUAUCAUGGACACCAGUCAAUUGUACGAUCUGCACGAGCGCAGCGACUACUUCAGCAAGACCUUUCCACGCAGUCAUUGCAAUGCAGCGCUGCAACAGAGCAACACAGGCUCAGCAGGUGCGGGGGCAGGUGCAGCUGCAGUAGCAGCAUCGACAACUUCAACGGCGACGACAAAUCUGUCGAUGUGUGGCUCCUCGGGCUAUCCGCAGGAUUAUGGCUUGCCUCUGGUGCCCGGCGCCGAGCAUCAGCAUAAUCAUCAGUUGCAGAUGCAUCCGUUGCAGCAGCUGCAGCAACAGUUGACCUCCACGCUCAAUCACAGCACCAGUCACAGCUCGACGCACAGUGGCAGUCCGCAUUUUAGCAGUCGCACCCUGCCACGCCUACACGAUGGAGGCGGCGGAGGAGGUGGGGGUGGCAGCAGCACGGCCUCAGCCAGCUCCUCACCAACGCCAGCGGCCAGCUCCAGUUCCUGCUCGAUUCUGCCAAAUGGGCAGCCCGUAAACGCCAAGACGAUACGGGUGUGGCAAAAGGGGGGCGUGCCCGUGCUGCCGCCCGUAACGGCACUGAAGCGUGCGCUCAUCAGCAGCAGUCGCAAUUCACCGGACGAGGGCUAUCAGGAGGGAUGUGGCACAGAUGUCUAAGCUUGAGCCACCAGCCACAAAACACACACACAAUCCCCAGCAGAACUGACUAAACUUAAACUUUAACUCAACAAAAAAUAUAUUUAAAAAUAUAUAU